ACAGUGGGGGUGGGGGCCGGUGGGGGGGGAUACGACCCUGCUGUCCCAGUGCUGAGACCCACCACUGCAGGCUUGUGGGCGGCGUGGAAGACUUCAGGCUUCUCAGUUUGGGGUGGAGGGUGAAGGCUGGAGACCAGGCAGGGUUAACAAGACCCCCCCCCCCCGGCGGCCCCUCCUUCAGCCCUCUGCGUUCACCUCCCACGGGAUGGAGAGCCCAGGCCUCAUGCCUGGCGGGCACCCAGAGCUCCCAUCAUCUCCACAGCUCCCCACCCAGCCUGUCUCUCUCAGCGGUGAAUCUUCACAGUGGAGGCUCCCUGUGGCUUGACCUCAGGGGUGUCACUGCCCUCUCGGCCCACACCACCCCCCCCGCCCCGAGCAGUUCUGUUGGCCAGGACUUUGGCCUAGGCGUUGAGGUCGGGGUGGUGGCUGUGACGGGGUGGAUCGCGAGACCUAUAAAGCCUUUCUCUGCCUGUUUGGAGCUGGUGAGGACAGCCUGCCAGAGUCCGCGUUCCAGGUCUCCUGACACCAUGGGCACCCGAUACUUCCUGGCUCUGUUUCUCAUCUUCCUGGUGUUGGGAUUCGAGGUCCAGGGCGUCCACGUGCCCCAGGAAGAAGAGACUGCCAGGCCUGCCCUGUUCACCAAGGUGCAGGAAUCACUCUUAGGUUAUUGGGAUGUAGCCAAGGCAGCUGCCCAGAACCUGUACAAGAAGACAUACUUGCCCGCCAUGGAUGAGAAAAUCAGGGACAUAUACAGCAAAAGCACGGCAGCUAUGACCACCUAUGCAGGGAUUUUUACUGACCAGGUCAUUUCUCUGCUGAAGGGAGACCAUUAACAGCUGGGCCCCCAAUCUCGGGGGGAGUCCAGACCCCAGCAACCCCUUGGGUCCCCUGAUCUAUACCCCACCCCCACUGCCUAGCACCUCUCAGCAUCCUGCUCCCAACUCUAGCCUGACU